CUCUUUAAAGCCUUCGAACCACUAGCCCCCUCUUCCCCUCCGUUACAAAACCACCUCUCUCUCUCUCUCUCUCUCUCUCUCUCUAUAUAUAUAUAUAUAUAUGUAUGUAUGUAUGUAUCUGUUCUAUGUCGAUCUCGGUUUGGAACCCCUUGGUGAAUCGAUCGGUUGAAACUAUACCUUCAACCGGAGCGAAAACCAGAAGCUGAUUCUCGAACGGUCAUCCGCUUUCCUCCCACAGAAAUUGCCUUGUUUUUCUUUGAAUCCUUCGUCGAAUCUCACUCUCUCGCGAUUGGAAUCAUCAUCUGUUCACGUGAUUGAAUCCACAGAUAUAUACGUGAUCCGAUCCGAUCCGAUCCGAUUCGGUUCUCAAUCGUACCGAAUUGGCUGUGUUGAUGGCGUCUACUCUGAUUUCGAAUCCUGUAACGAACUCCGACCAAUCACGGGACUCGUCCAAGAGGAGAAAGAAGAAGAAAGCAGUAGCCACCAGAGAUCAAUCUCAGAAUCCUAACGGCGGUCACAGCUCCACCGAAUGGAAGUCCGAAGCCCAACAACAAGUCUACUCGUCGAAGCUUCUCCAGGCUCUUCGCCAAGUCCGGCACAACUCUUCUCCUUCGGCUCCGCGGCGGGGCCGAGCCGUGCGCGAAGCCGCUGACAGAGUUCUGGCUGUGACUGCCAAGGGGAGGACCAGGUGGAGUCGCGCCAUUCUCACCAACCGGCUUAAGCUGAAGUUCAUGAAAAACAAGAGGCAGAGAGUGACGGUUACCGGCCACAACCGGUCGAAGAAACCGAGAGUGAGUAUUUUGCGGUUGAAGACGAAGAAUUUACCGGCUGUCCAGCGGAAGGCUCGUGUUCUCGGGCGGUUAGUUCCCGGUUGCCGGAAAGAAGCGUUACCAGUGAUUCUAGAAGAAGCAACGGAUUACAUCGCGGCUCUUGAGAUGCAGGUUAGAGCCAUGAGUGCCCUGGCUGAGCUGCUGUCCUUCUCCGGCUCUAGCUCCUUGCCUCUAAAUCAGCUCGGCUCAAUUCGUCCUCCGCCGAGCUGAUUACAUUGUUGCUUCUGUUUUCUACUAGCUUUUUUUUCUUUCUAUUUGUUUUCAUUUUUAUUACUAUUAUUAUUAACUCUCUCUCUCUCUCUCUCUCUCAAGUGUUUCUCUGUUAAUUACUAUCCUUUUAUUUUAUUUUAUUUUUUAAUAUUUCUUUUGUUUUUCAAAUGGUAAUUUCGUCUCCCAUAAGAGAUAACCGCCAUUUCGAAAUAAUGUUGGGGGCGGAUGCAAUGCAACCAAUUUAUCAUACCAUAAA